AUGGACAGCAGCUACCUCAGCGUGAAGGAGGCCGGGGUCAAAGCGUCCCAGGACAGGGCCAGCACGGACCUCCCCAGCCCCAUGGACAAGGCCGACUCGGAGAGCAACAAGGGCAAAAAGCGGCGGAACCGCACCACCUUCACUAGCUACCAGCUGGAGGAGCUGGAGAAGGUCUUCCAGAAGACCCACUACCCAGACGUCUAUGCCAGGGAGCAGCUAGCCAUGAGGACAGACCUCACCGAGGCUCGCAAGGAGAGCAGUUUGGGAGAGGCUGACUUGCAGCCGAGCUCUGACCCUUCGGGAAUGGACAGCAGCUACCUCAGCGUGAAGGAGGCCGGGGUCAAAGCGUCCCAGGACAGGGCCAGCACGGACCUCCCCAGCCCCAUGGACAAGGCCGACUCGGAGAGCAACAAGGGCAAAAAGCGGCGGAACCGCACCACCUUCACUAGCUACCAGCUGGAGGAGCUGGAGAAGGUCUUCCAGAAGACCCACUACCCAGACGUCUAUGCCAGGGAGCAGCUAGCCAUGAGGACAGACCUCACCGAGGCUCGUGUGCAGGUGUGGUUUCAGAACCGGCGAGCUAAAUGGCGCAAGCGGGAGCGGUUCGGCCAGAUGCAGCAGGUCCGGACCCACUUCUCCACUGCCUACGAGCUGCCCCUGCUCACCCGUGCUGAGAACUACGCCCAGGUGAGCGCAUGCCCCCUCCCUGGUCCGUCUGUCCCAAUGCCUGCUGGACACACCGCCUCUGCUCCCACCCCCCUCUCUUCUUCUGCAAUAUCAUUUAAUGAGUGAGGCUGCAGGAGCCCAGACGGCCGCAUGAGCCACGUGGGACAGACUCACAUGGGUGGCCUCUUCGGCACAGCCGGGAUGAGCCCUGGCCUCAACGGCUACGAGCUGAACAGCGAGCCGGACCGCAAGACCUCCAGCAUCGCUGCCCUGAGGAUGAAAGCAAAGGAGCACAGCGCCGCUAUCUCCUGGGCGACAUGA